AUGGGCUGCCAGCCUGGCUUCCACUGGACCCCCUUGGGCAGCUGGGGUCUCGCUUCGCUGUAUCGAGGACGAGCGCUGCCGAGGCCCCCGCCGGGUCCUGCCUGUGCAGUUGGCCACCCGCUGCGGUGGGCAUCAUCCUUCUCCCAACCGGGCCCGACGGAAAGCGACCCCAACGAGGGGCAGGUCUUCCUCAGCGAGAGCUGCGUGAAGAGGCUGCUGGAGAUCACAGAAGGCUCAGAGUUUCUCAGGCUGCAGGUGGAAGGAGGUGGCUGCUCUGGAUUCCAGUACAAGUUUUCCUUGGACACAGUUAUCAAUCCAGAUGACAGGGUGUUUGAACAAGGUGGUGCUCGUGUUGUCGUGGAUGUGGACAGCCUGGCCUUCGUGAAAGGUUCCAUGGUGGACUUCAGCCAAGAGCUGAUUCGCAGCUCUUUCCAGGUGGUGAGCAAUCCCCAGGCAGAGAAGGGUUGCUCAUGUGGGACUUCCUUCUCUGUCAGAUUCUGACUGGACUUCCCAUGGAUGGACUCUGUCUGCAGGCACUUCCUGGCAGUCUUCAGAGUGGUUUUGCUUGAUCUUUUCUCAUCUCCCUUACCCUGUAACACAGCUGUUACACAUGACUCUAGCUCUGUGUGUGUCUGCACUGAGCCUAUCUCCAAGACUUGUUGGCCUUCUCUUCAGAAACAUGAAGUAGCCAUGAGCAUGCGCAUGGGAGCAUUUUCAGCACCUUGUGAACCACCAGCCAGGUGGUGCUGCCUUACCUACCCUGUUCUGAAUGUGGAACCACUUAACUGCUUGUUUUUGCAAGAGAUGGCUGUAUAUCUGUGUGUGUAUCAAAUUCUUACCAAAAAAAAGUCUUUGAGAUGAUUUGAUAUUGCUUGUGCAGUCCCAUGUGGGUGGAAUCUGGAUUCUUUUAGGCUACUGUUGCCUAUCACUUGUCUUCCAGCUGAAUGGGACUUGUCUCUCCUGUACACCUCCCAGUGUUGCUGGCUCUCUGCUCCCCAACUCACAGUGGGCUUUUCCAGGUACUUUGCUGUUCUUUUACCCAGCAGGCUUCUCUCAGUCCUGGGAAGCUACAGUAGUUUUGCUGUCAGUCCCUGGGAUGAAAGUUUUUACUUGUUCAUAGUAAGUGAAGCUAAUAGCUGAGGUAGGAAGAAUUAAUAGCCUUUGUUUUUAAUCUUAAGAAAAGAAAAAGCUUGUCUAGAUAUAAAAAAAAAAUUAUAGCCUUCCAUCCUCCAGUGCUAUUUUAGGCUAUUCCUAAACCUGGCUUGGAAUUUUAGGUCACACAAACUCUCGGGUUUCAUAGUGUGUCUGCUGCCUUCCCUUGCCAGCAGGAAAGGAAGUUCAGGUGACGCAGGCAGAGGAAGAUCUGGAGUACUACUUAAGGGUCCUCAAGUCCUUUUGACUUGGUUGUCUGGGAAUCUUUUUCAUAACUUGCUUCACUGUUUAAUCUCUUAACUUGUGCCUGGUUUGAUGAAAGAAUAAAAUAGAUCCUUUCCUCUCUGAAACUCCCAUGGAGUGGGAAAUCUAGAAGUUUCCAGAAUAACAUCCUUUUGAUUACUUGUUUUCUGUAGUUUUUUAUCUGCCACUAGAUGUCUUUUAAAUCAAAGUGAUUCAUCUGCUUCUGGGUAAAAGGAGAGAUGGGGAAGCUAUUUUUGUUCCAGCUCUUGUGUUUUAUCUGAUCAUAACCAAAUUGUCUAAGACUUGAGUCUUUCAUGUAAGUGUGGGAGCACUGCAUGACUUUGGUCUCAAGGAAACUGCUUAUGGCAAGCCAUGAGCUUUUUAAGACUCUGGGCCACAGGCAUUUUUGUUAUUAAGUUUCCAAAAUGCCUUUCUAAACUAACCAGCAGUGCAUACAUAGAUUUCUAGUGCCCAGAGACUUGAUAGCCAGUUAGUUUGUUUCGUCCACAGAUAUUACGGGAGUUCAUGCGAUCUGCUCUGACUUUGUCACGUGGAGAAUGUGGACAGGAUUUAGAGCAGUAAUUCUUUUGGUUUAGCCCUUUCCAUUUUCUUCAGUCAGCAAGUUCUACCUAGUUAUAUUGCUAUCAGAAGGUGAUGGAUGUUGUACUGUCCCAUUUGUAAAAGAGACUAAAAGGAUGUGAUUAAAAGACUUGUCUAAACCCCUGCAGGAUGUUUUGGCCCUACCCUUAUGCUCCCAGGUCUUGAAUGUGAUGUCAGCCAGAGCUGACUUUGAAAAGUGUAAGACCUAAAAGCUUGUGUGGCUGGAAGACAUUAGAUAUCCCAGCUGAAAGAAAUUGAGGUUAAGUGAGCAAUUAAAGUUGGCAGGGUGAAUUGCUUUCUGAAUCAGGAAGUACACAUCUGUUCUUGAUCCAUUUCACAGAGUCUGACCUUGGUCAAGUCUCUUCUGGGAUCUUUUAUAGGAAAUAAAAAGUGCAGCA